AUGAAAAAUUCUAAGGGCAAGUUAAGUGGGAUUAUAGGAAAAUGGAGGAAAAGCAGGAAGGGCUAUUUUGUUGUUUAUGCUAAGGAAGGGAAGAGGUUUGUUGUUCCUUUGUACUAUUUGAAUCAUCCAAUAUUCAAAGUUUUGUUACAGAUGGCAGAAGAAGAGUUUGGCACGACAGUUGAUGGACCUCUACAAGUGCCUUGUGAAGAGAAGCUGAUGGACUUCAUUCUCGCUUUGCUAAGGAACAAUUGGCAUUUGGAUGUUGAGAAAGCAUUCGUCUCUUUCAACUCUACUACUGCGUGUAAAGGUGCUCUGAUGUCUUCAACUUAA